GAUUUUCACCUGCCACGGUUCGCUCGAGUCGGUGCCCCGGGAAAAGGGAUCCGUCGCGCUGUUCAUAUAAUUUGUUCCUUUAAAAAAGAAAAUGUAUCGGUGCGAAAACAGCUAUCCUGUUUUUGAAAGUGUGUACUAGAAGACUUGUCCAACAAUCCAGCUACAAAAUGGAUGGGGAAUUGCUCCGAAAAAGUGGGUCUACGGCGGUGAUCUUUUCGGAUACAUAGCAAAGCGGAAGCUGAGUGUUUACAGAGUGGAAUACCAAGUAGUUACAGUGUAGUGGAUCCGGAGACAAGUGUUACGUUUUGUGGAGUGCUGUCCGGCUGAUACCCAUCCGAACUCGUGUUAGUUGAUAAUAGAAAAAAAAAACAACCAGUAACACAGAUUACAAGUAUCCCGAAAAAAAAGUGACAGCUUGCCGAGAGUCCUCCCGGAAAAUAUUGAUUGUAACAAAGUGGUUUCCAUUCGUUCGCCUCUCGAUAGCUGAGACAAAAAAUAUACAUAAUAAAACGACGCACACACAUAUCCACGAAGAGUGGGAGGAUGAAUGGUGGUGAAGCGUUAGAUAUUGGCGGUCUCAAUGGGAAAGGGAGCGAUUAAAAGAGGAUUUGUUCGGUUCUCGUUUUGUGAAUGAAUCGGCUGCUAUUGGCACAAAGUGAGGGAGGAAACGGUUCGCGUGACUACUAAGGACACGCAAAGUGCACAAGGAAGCUUCUAUCGAACCAUCCACUCUGCUGCUGGUGUGGUGUGGUUCUACAAGAUCAACUUACAACGCAAACAGAUGGUAAUUUAAGAGCCUAAGAAAGUUGUUCGACGUCAAAAGAGCUGCUGCUCGACGCGGAAGAAGAAGAAAACCGCACACCGAAAUGAAGCCAUCGUAACGAAGAAAUAGUGUACCGGCGAAUGUUUCAAUCAAUUGCUGGGAAUCGGUUUGUGUGACCCGGCGGAAGAAAUUUUGUGUGUGUUCAGUGCUUCAACAGUUGAUUCCAGACAUUACAGCAGAAGGUGGUGGCAAUGAAUAAUUGAGUGGCUUACUCGACAAACACUACUUGACCGGGACUAGUUAUGUGUCAGCUGGUAGAACGGAACCUGUUAAUUUGAGAAAUAGCCCAGGUGCAGCUAUCCUAUUACGUCAACAAUCGCCACCCACGGGCGGAGUGUACAAACAAGUGCGAAGCUUCGAUAUCGCUGUAGGUGAUAAUAAAAAUAAAAAAGAAAUACCAGAAGAAAGCGAAAAAUAAGCACUGCGUCGAAGAGAGUGCUGAUAGCGUAUUUGUGUCGCCGGAUAAUGCUACCUUCCAGGGCGAAAGCAAUCAAAUCACUCGGUAACGGUUGCUACUGCUGCUGUUGUUGUUAUGAACGCAUCGCAAUCGUCGCUCUCGCAAGGCAGCGGCAAUCUUGAGACUGCUGAGAUUUGUGGGAUUUAUUCUCGGAAUUAAGGGUAAAAAAGAUUCAUCUAGCCCAUCCAUGCCACCACCGCCGUAUAUUCGAUGAAUGAACGUCAAUCUCUCGGAGCAGCAUGGUUCGCAUGGCAGGAUCCAAGCUACUAGCAAGACUGCUUCUGCUGAUUUCAUCGGUCACCCUUAUUUCACUGCUAGCACUAACCCGGUGCGGACUCGGGGGACUGAUCGCAACAGAAAACGGUCUUGUGAGUGCAAAUAUUGGAGGAGGAGGAGGAGGAGCAGGUGCUGCUAUCGGAAUCGGCGAUGAAGAGUACGGAGCCAGUUCGGGGAUCAGAGAGUCCGCCGCUGCACUGUCUGCACAGAGUCGUUUCGCAAACGAUGAGCAGCAAAAUGGGUACUUGCAGAUGCUGCAGCAGCGUGAAGAGGAAAACCUCAAAGAGGUAGCAAAACUUACGGCCGAGAUAAAGGCACUGAAGCUGCAGAUUUUGCAGCUUAAAAAUGGAGCCCAAGCGGCUGCGGCAUCAGCCGCUCAGCAAGUUCCGGUGGGCGAUCUGUUAAAUAGUAGUAGUGCAUUGAAUGCCCCUCAAACGUCAACCUUACAUGAUUGCUCGGUCUUUAUUCGGCGACAAGUUGGGUCUGCAGAAAUUCUACAUGGUCUUCCGUUGAAUAACGAGUACGAACUCAUUCCAUUCAAUCAUUUCACGUUUAGUCGAGUUUAUCCGAUCGAAUUGGGCCUUGGUAAGCGGGUCGUUGAGAAGCCCAUAGGGUAUAAGCGGAGAGAUAUUUUGGGCGCGCUAAAUAAAGCGAUCGAAACGUUGAACCGCAACAUAAGUUCGAACAUGAUGAAGUAUACCCUGGAUGACUUCACCGAAGGCAUCUACCGCAAUGAACCCACAACGGGGACACAGUAUGAGUUGUACUUCCGAACGAAGGAAGUCAACAAAAGUGUUGCCUCCAAUGGGUUACAUCACGACCAUAGUAAUCACGGGACGACGAAGCUAGUUGUGAUGCGUCCAUUUGCCCCGUUGCAAACGAUACAAAUGGAAGCGUUUCCAAAACAGCAGGAAAAAGAACUGAUUCACAUCAUCCUGCCGCUGUCCGGGAGAACCUCAACGUUCCAAAGCUUCAUGGAUAAGUAUGUGAAGAUUGCGUUGAAGCACGACAAAAGGGUACAUCUGACGGUGGUGUACUUCGGCGAGGAGGGACUGUCCGAGGCACGGUCCAUCAUGAGUCGAGUGAUCGGCAUGAAGAAUUCCGGAGGAAACUCGUCUAAUCUUAAAUUGUUAGCGUUGAAUGAAACGUUCUCGAGAGCGAAAGCUCUCCGAGUUGGUGCUGAAAAAGUCUGGAGCAGUAAUGUAAAUAAAGACAAGGAUGUUCUGCUGUUCAUGUGUGAUGUAGAUAUAGUAUUUAGUGCGAAAUUUUUAGAUAGAUGCCGCUGGAAUACAAAACCCAACAAAAAGGUGUACUAUCCCGUGGUAUUCAGUCUAUACAACCCUCACGUGGUCUACACGCUGCAGGGUAAAGAGGUUCCUCCCGAAACCGAUCAGUUGCUCAUUUCGAAAGAUUCCGGCUUCUGGCGAGAUUUCGGCUACGGUAUGACCUGUCAGUACAGGUCCGACUUUCUCAAGGUGCGUGGGUUCGACGAGGAAAUCAUUGGCUGGGGCGGAGAGGAUGUGAUGCUGUACCGGAAGUACGUGCGUUCACACAUAAAGGUGAUCCGGGCGACAGAUCCGGGAAUAUUUCACAUUUGGCAUCCGAAGGUGUGCACGGGAGUGACCGCAGGCCAGAAGCUCUCGGUGGACCAAUACCGGGCGUGUAUACGAUCGAGGGCGCUGAACGAGGCUUCGCAUGCGCAGUUAGGAUUUUUGGCUUUCCGCGAUGACAUUGCCGCAAACGAGAGUAAGAUGUUGGGUGGAUCGAGGCAUGUUAAUUCGAGCAAAGCAGGUCAACGAAUCAGCAGUGGUGAUAAGGAGGGCGGAGAGAUAGCUAAGAAAUUCACAACGACGGAUAGUAACAGGAGAAGUACAUGAUCUUUCAUGAUACAGCAUCAGGAAAGCAUUUGGAGGAUAGAGUUUUAGGAUUUGAGAAUGAAGCUGAUGCAGCCUUUUGGGGUUGAGAUUCCUGAUGUUUGUAAGCAAACCCUAUGUUAGGGUCUCGAAGACCGUACUAUUUUUACACACCAAUUUAUGUUUUGUUGUAAAACAAUAAGGUAUUUGUAAAUAAACUGAACUAAACUAGUGACAAAAAGAGAAAUAUUUCCCUAUCUAGCUAAAAACAUUCGAACCGAUUAGAACUGUAGAUCAAAAAUAGGUAUAGAUCGUAAAUAUCUACAAACAAUUAUCAAUCUUUACCCUUUAUCUGUCUCUUGCUGGCGAUGAGAGACACAUUGCUCAAACUAGUUGAUAGCCGCCACGUCGCGAACGACGAUUGCGGAGUGAUGGUCCAUAUGGGACAGUACAGUGUCCCCUGGCAACAUCAUCGCUCCGCGCCUAUUUUCGGUUGCCCCAUCGCGACAUAUAAAUGCGAUUUUCCGCUGUAGAUAGCGAAAGCGCGGAAGUGGACGUAAAUAGAGCGGCAAAAAAAAAGUUGUUACGCUGAGGUAUAACUGAGGUUCAUGACUUGCCUGAUUUUACACGUACGCAUUAAUCAUUUUCAAGUGACCUGAAGCGUUUAGUCAUUAGUUCCGUUGCCAAAAAAAUGACAGAAGCGAAACUCAUAGAAAAAUUCAAUGUUGGUUAUUUGGAAAUAUUCGCCUAGGUUCCACUAAAGUGUAGUACAAUCCGUUGUAAAUAUGUAGAAGAUUACUAAUUCAAUAGGACAACUGAAGGAAAAGACUAA